UCCAAUAUAAAAUUAAGAUCGCUUAAAAAAUGUCAUAAUAUGCUUUUUUUAAAUAUUGUAAAUCACAAUAGAUUACUGAGUAAGAUUUUUAUAAAUGCUCUAUUUAUACACAUUGCAACGUAUGUAUUUUUUUAAAUUAAAUUAAAACUAACAUUAAAAUCGUUAAACAAAAUCAGUCUUAAUUCGGUUGUAAUGAAAUUAACCAAAUUUAUCCAGAAUAUCCGCGACAAAUUAAAAAAAAAUCAUUUUCGAAAAAGAAUCCACUCUCAUGCUCUCGUUUAGUUUCUCGCUCGCUCUCUCUCCACUGCGUUUGUUUACUCUCCCCCAUCGCAACGGCGCGCGCGUUUGUUUAUUUGCUCGUGACAUUUGUAACUAACCGAAAUUUCGUACGACGAUGAACAGUUUUCCGCCCAUUUUCUUCAAUGAAACAUGCGCCCCCGUCGCUCGGGGUUAGUUUCACCGUCUUUGUAAAGAUAUUUAGCAUCAGAUGUGUUACAGUGCGCUGUAGGAAAAGAGCUUAAUUUACUUACUAUCCCGUGUACAGAUCCAUCGUUUUGUUGGGUGCAGAUGAAGCAGUGAAGUAAUAACUUAUUGCACGGGGGUGACACCAGCUAGCGUGGGAAACUUUCAAAUGUUACUCCCCAAAAUGAGUCCUACAACUCGAUCAUGUGCUCCCGACUGCCGAAGCGUCACAACGUAGAGCCCGUGUUUCGUAUCAUCUCACAGCUCUUUGCCGACCAUUCCGAUCUUGCGUCGUCUUCCGUCGCCCGGACCGAUUCGGAGAUGGGCGAUUUCUACCGCAUACCGGCCGAUAGCAUUCCGCGCGAUCCUGACCCACCCAUUCCCGGCAAGACACGGUUCCACAUGCGCAAGACGCACACACGCCGCAAACCAAGAGCAUCACCGCAAGGUACAGCUCUAACCUAUUCCGGUGCGAUCGUCGGUCGUAGCAAAAGUGUGGACGAUCUAACGGCUGUGGCCGGUGUCGGUUCCGAAUCGGACACAGAAGAGGAUGCGAUUACCAAAUCGCACGACACAAUUGCCCCUUCACACCAUCAUCAUCAUCAUCGCCAGGCGGAAAAGCUUCUCCAGCUGAAGGACCAACAGAUAGCCAAGUUGAUCAAGAAGCUGACGGCCGUGUUUGAGUGCAACAAUCAGUUCGCGGUGGAGCACGAAAAGCUGCAGAAGGAGUACCAGCAGGCGGUGCAGAGCCUGCGCACGCUCGAUGCCAUUCAGGCGAAAAGCUGCGACAGUUGCGCCGGCUUUGAAGCGGAACGAAGCCUACUGACAAAAGAAAAUGCCGAUCUACGGAACGAUGUCAAAAUGAUGAAGAUACUCGUGUACCGGCUAAAUGUACAGAUCGAACGGUAUCAGGACACGAUCCGCGAGGGCAGGACCGACAUACCCCGGCUCGACUUUGUCGACAGCACGUACGGGGGAGCGAAGGACAAUCUGAACUGGGGGCCGGUGAAUUCGCACACGCUCGGACCGCUGCUGAACGCGUACGAGGAAACGAUCGCCGAGAAGACGGCACUGGUGCAGCGGUACGAAUCGGAGCUGGCCAGUUUCACCGGCAAGCUGAAGAAGGUGCUGGAGGAAAACGAAGCACUGCAGAAGAUGGCGGAAGAGGUACGGGCCGGCCAGAGCGGAUGGGCGUCGGAAAAGGCACGCCUGCAGGCGCAGGUUGAUGUGCUGCGGAGCAAGGCGGAGGUGCAGGGGAAGCGGGCCGAUCUGGCGAAGGAAAAGCUGGUGGAGGUGCUCAAAUGUUACGAACAGAAAGUACAAGCCCAAAAUCUAGACAUUGAGCGCCUGCAGGAAGCUUACUCACGCGCGAAAGGGGAGCUGACCUCACUGCGCAAUCUGAACCAAAAUCCAGAAGUUGUCACGAAUAGUUUGAAGGAAUGCCAAAAACUUCUGGAGGAACUUCGACAUCAGCACAGCGAGGAACGUGCCCGUACGGCAACCGAGGUGGAAUCCCUGCGGACCGAGCUUCGCCAACGGACGGCCGACCUUGAGCAGCUUCGCCAGGACCACCGGCAGCAGCAGGGCAUCUUCGAGCGCCAGAAAGAAAUCAAUGAAAUCCUUAUGGGAAAGAACACUACGCUGAAGCAAACGCUCGAGCGCACCAGACAAUCGAAGGAAAUACUGAAGCAGCGCCUCAAAACCAUGAUCAGCUGGGGCAAGGGUUCGGAACAGCGCAAAGAUCAGCUGGCCGACUGCUGGCGCAACAUUCGCGCACUGCAGGACCAGCUGCAGCAGCGCGACCGGCAGCUCCAGGCGCAGCAGCAACGCUUCCAGGCCGAGCAGGAGCAGCUGCAGCGUCGGCUGCGCCAGCGGGAAGAUACGCUACGUAAGAUUCUAGCAGAUAAGGCCCAAUUUCAGCGCCACAGUUGAGCGGACGAUGCAAAUCCAUUAGUCAAUCGCUCAAUGUGUCUGAAAAAAAAAACAGAAAACAAAACAAAAUAUAGAGAAAACUGUACAAAGCAUAUUAUGUUCGCUUGAUUCAGCCAGAUUUACAAUCAAUUUUUUCGAGCCGUUUUCAGGAUAUAGUUGCGCACUUUUGAUAGAUUAUACUUUCUUUUUUAUUUCAUUCUUAGAUAAUGACUUCAUAUGUUUUUCAUUGCUUCAUACAUUUUUUUCUCGCUCUUUCUUUCUUUUCUAUCGUUGCUCCUAAACACUACGCUGCAAAAACUCAUGCGAAAUCCGUUUUGCGCUCGUUCUAACCGGUUUUUUUUUGUUCUUCUUCGUAAUCAAUAUAUAAAUACAAUUAGAUUUUUUUGCCUCUUUCACACCUCCUCUGUGAUUCUUAUUGGCUAUAGACGGUGCUUUUUUGUUCUGCUUCGUGAAAUCGUAUUGCUUGGUUUUGAUGACGUGAAAGGAAUCGAAGGGUUAAAUUAGAGAGAAAAAAGUGCAGCUGUGUGUUGGUGGUGGUGGAGCACGUGAUUCCGGUGAUUAUUUCCGCCUUCUUGCUGCAGGCUAAAUCUGUUCGAUUUUUGUGACUGUUGCGG